ACGAGGCUACCAUUAGAUCUCUUGGUAUAAAUAGCGGAUGGAGAGGACAUCAAACUACUCCAACACCCAGAACUUUUCUUCACUUUUGCCCACGAACAAUGUCUACUAAACCAGUCAUCACUGUUUUCCUCGCCACUGGCAAGACUGGAGGUGGCACGAUUGAUGCGAUUCUCGCUGAUGGUACUUAUGCCGCCCGUGCCGUCACCAGAAACCCCAACAGUGACGCGGCCAAAGGUAAGGUCCAGUACAACACCGCCUAUCUAUCGCCUAACUGUCGUUUAAAGCUCUCGCUGCUCGAGGUGUUGAGACCCAUGCUAAAGUACGAUAAAAGUGUUGAAGGCGCUUAUGGUGUACUCGGAGCUACCGACUUCUGGUCUAGCUUCAUGGAUGAGGAGAAACAAGGCCAAAAUCUCGUCAAUGCCGCCAAGAAAGCUGGCGUCAAGCACUUUAUUUGGGUCACGCUUGAUCACUCUGGUGUCCCCCACUUUGAGCAAAUUUUAGGUUAUGGGGAACCGCUUGCGUCACCUCCUGUAUGCCGAACUCCCAACUAA